UCAUAUUUUUUGUCAUCCUUAAAAAACAUAAAAUAAAUUAAUUUAAAUAUUCGCUUUAUAUUCUUCUUAUAUUUGUCACUAGGUAGUAUAGAAUAUUUUUUUGGAUGGAACUAGGCAGUAUAGAUUUUAUCUAAGGUCUCCAACGGUCGAACUGUACAUCAAAUCCCCAAUUCCCCUUUGAGAGAGAAAUGAAACAGGGAAAGGGAGAAACCCUAAACCCCGAAAACUCAAAAUCCCUUGCAAACAUUUUCAAACAGAGAAAAUUGAAAAGUCAGGAAGCAAAAAUCCAGAAUGUUGAAGAAGAAAAGGCGGACGCCGGAGACGGAAAAGGGUUCUUCGCCUGCUAUCUCUUAACCUCUCUUAGCCCACGCCACAAAGGCCACACCUACAUCGGAUUUACUGUGAAUCCUCGUCGUAGAAUAAGGCAGCAUAAUGGUGAGAUUGGGAGUGGGGCAUGGAGGACAAAGAGCAGGCGACCAUGGGAGAUGGUUUUAUGCAUUUAUGGUUUCCCAACAAACGUUUCUGCUCUUCAGUUUGAGUGGGCCUGGCAGCACCCAAAAGAAUCAGUUGCAGUGAGGCAAGCAGCUGCAUCUUUCAAAUCUUUCUCUGGAGUUGCCAACAAGAUUAAACUUGCAUAUACAAUGCUCACCCUACCAGAAUGGCACAACCUGAACAUUGCAGUAAACUAUUUCUCAACAAAAUACACAAACCAUUCUGCUGGUUGCCCAAGCUUGCCAAAGCAGAUGAAGGUUGAGAUUUGCUCAAUGGAUAAACUUCCCUGCUAUACGAAGAGAGAGGAAUGUUUGCCUGAUUGGGAUGAUUUAGACAAAUGCGAUGAAGCUAGUAAUGUUGGGGAAACUGUGGAGGAAACGUGUGCGUAUGCAGCAGCUUCUACUGUUUCAGAACAUUACUUACACGGCUGUUCCGAGGCUUCUUGCGAACAAUCUGGACAGUUCAGGGAGUAUGACAGUGGAAAUUCAGAGGAUACAUCCAAUAUAGGAAUAGAUCAUAAGGAACCUUUUAUUUUUAUUGAUUCACCUGUGAGGACAGCAUCCUCAAUUCUUAACACAAUCUCCAUGGACGAGACUGUGGAAAGCACAGACAUAAGUACUGGUGAGAUACAAUCACCACGAAUAAAGCAAUUCACAAAUGCCAUAGCAGCUGAUGAAGUUGAACCACCAUGGUCAAGAGGGAGGAAACUACUGACAACAGAAGUAACUGGUGAUAAAGAUCAACUCCAUAGUUCUGGUCUUGCUCAUGAAAUUGAGGUAAUAGAUUUGUUGACUCCAUCUCCUUACGGCAGAAGUAGGACACACAGUAAGAAAAGAAGAGUUUCUUCAUUUGCUCGUGACAUCAUUGAUCUGACUUGAGUCCCCAACUUAUCUAGAUGUUGAAUGUAAAAUAGCCUUGUUCAAGAGCAAAUAAUGGGAACCAGCUAGGGCAUUUGAAUUCAGCUUUGCCAAUUUUCCUGUACAUCUCCAUGAGAUUUGAAUCAUGAAAUGGAAGAUAGCCUGCCAAUAAAACAAAUAAAACCACUCCACAAGACCAAAUAUCGGCAGCUGCUCCAUCAUAGCCUUUCCUGUUGAUCACUUCGGGGGCAACAUAGACAGGAGUACCACAAGUAGUGUGGAGUAGGCCAUCUUGGCGCUUAGAUUCUGCGAGGGCACUUAACCCAAAGUCAGAGACCUUGAGAUUCUCUUUCUCAUCCAACAACAGGUUCUCUGGCUUUAUAUCCCGGUGAUAAAC